CAUCGUACAAGAGGAGCCACAACAUGAAAACGAUUUAUUCACAGUCAACAUCGGUACUACUACAACUAGUGCUGCAACUUUAUAAACUCGGUUCUGCCUGCAGCCAUUGGACGACGCCAAGUCGUGGUGCAGUAUUAUGAUACCACUGUGGUCGGUUUUGCCGCGCUUUUCGUCUUAUUCAAACUCCUCGGUGAUGUAGUGCUUGCUCUAAUGGUGCGCCCGUGUACUAGUCGUUCUUGUGUGUUUUGUACUAUUUUUCCGAAUCCCCAUGAUGCUGGAUUUUUAGAGAACCUUGAUUGCGUACUUGCGUCUUGAAAAUUGUUGUUGUUGAAUAUGAAUUUCCUACAGGUGUGGCACUGGUGAAAUUUCCUUUCGGAACUGACAAGAGUCAUUUUAUCGCACCUGAAUAUAAAAAUAUUUGUAAUUGUAUCUUAAUCUUCUGUAUGUCUACUUUUUUCCUGAAUGUUCAUGUUUAGAAGAAUUUUUAUGUCAGGCGUUGACCCCAUCAGCGUUUGGCUAUCAUGACCGUUUCUUUUGCCUUAAUCUUUACCUCUUUGAAAUAAUUUUAUACCCUGAUUACAUCAAAUUCAACUUUUAUGUCCCUGAAAUCGUGCUGCGCAUUGCGAACAAGAUCAUCUCCGUCCUGCUAUAAUCAGACGGGAACCAACUAAGUACAAGCUCCGUAGAAGUUGUACUCAACAAGAAAAUUAUGGUGAUCCCUCUUCCAGCUGUGGCGGUGGCGCCGACGCCCAGCCGCUGUGCGUUGCGGGCACGCUACGUGUUGUUUGUGUUUAUCCUCUUCCUGUUUGCCCACGCGGUGCAGCAGUUCGUGAUGCUAGACAUCCUCGGCGGCUUCGUCACCAUGCUGCUGGCCUCCGUCGGACUCUUCACGCUGCGCGAUGGCUCCGUGGACAUGCAGUGCCUGGUAUAGAAGCAAGUUCCUCCACGACGUAUUUUUACGACUAUAGACGUCUUGAUGGAUAGAUGAAGAAGAAGUAACAAUAGCUUCGAUGAAUGCAAAUGGAGAUGUUGAACUUGGGCUAAAAUGAUGCAACUGCACAAGCUGCAAUGUAAGUAUGUCGUAGUACUCAUACGUGACGCAACUAUUAGUAAAUAGAAUACAUCCAACAGAUGAAACAAGCGUCCACAUAGUAUAGAGUUCACGCUGAAUCCAUAUCCGGACAUAGGUAACCUGGGGCAUGGUGACGUUUCUGCAGGGAAUUUUUGCGAUCGUGAUUUUGAUCGACCGCAUGGUGAAGCCAAAAUCGCCGCCGAUGUUCACCAACGACGCCAGCAAGAUGCCGGACGGUGUGUCCGUGACCAAGUGGAACUUUAUUUCCGCAUUGUCGCUUCUCGGCAUCAUCGCGCUUUGGGGGGUGUCCAUCACCAGCUUCAUUGUCUACAACAAAACAGUGGAGGAGUUCGAGAACAUAUCAGAGGAAAAAAGUGUUACAGCUACACAUUAACAUUUGUUGGAGUUUCUGCAUCGCAAAGUCGCUCGACAUGGCAAAGAAAACCUGUGAUGCGCAGACCACUAUAAAGAAAAACACGAUAUGAAAUGAGGCUGGCACGACGCACUUCUUGAUUUCCUGCAUGACAGAGGUCGUCUGUCUUGCUUGUCUUCCAUCAGAGUGUCGUGUAACUGCAACACUUACACUUUUUUCUCAGGAUAGAACAUGGGUGGUGUGCACGCGCCCAUCCAGCCGGACAAUCAGCUCGGGAGCGAACGAGGCGGCGUGCAGGACUACGGCAGCGGGCAGCUGGGCUCCACACCCUCCGCCCGGGGGCAGCAGCAAAAUACCUUCACGCCCUUUUCCGGGGCGGGAAAUCGCGUUGGCGGUGACGGGGAUGAAUAAACAAGCUGCUGAAUAAACAAACUAUGGCUGGUGCAACGGAAGAACUACAUUUUCGAACGAAAAGGAUGAACGCUUCUGCGCCGGAACUGGAAAAUAACAGAUCAGCGUUUACAAUUCUACAUCAUGAUGAUUCAGUAGGCUUCAACAUCCAUCGGAGAAGAAGAGGAAGAAGAACAACUUAAUCAUAUGAUCGUAACCAUAAUGUCGUAAUACCUCACCCACGACAGCGGACAUGGUGAUGUCCCAAUGAUCGUGGUUUUUGUGCAGCGACCGGCUGCAGAGCCAGAGCUCCUAGCUGUUGACACAGGAGAGGCACUUCUACUUACUGGUGUAUUAGGGACUCUGGCUGUUACUUCAUACGUAUGCUGACCCGGUACAUGUUCAUGUUGUAAAACUCAUGACCAGCCGCGGCCGCCCAUUUCUAUUGUUACGAUCUGCUGAAUCACUAUUUUGCUACUUUAACUUUUGCACUUUUGUCUUUAUGGUCUCCACUAUUUCUCUAGUACGAAUUUUUCGGCGAGUUGUUGUCAAUUCGACGAGGGCCUUGACUUUAUCACCUCCGCGAUGAGGAGCCUCCAGCACUACACAGGUGAGGUGAACUUUUCGCAGUAGAAACGAUAACGAGAACGUAUAUACGCUUUUUGUUCGCUAAGAGUAAGAUGAUAGUACAUAGGUACAUAAGUAAAAGGAAAUCUAUCAUCGAUGAAGUACAUUUUUGUAUCAGUACAAACGAUUGGACAGGGAAAUGAAAACGCGUCCGCAUCACAUUCAGUAGCCUUCUAAGUGUUUUAUUUCUUUUUGAACAUCCUGAAGAGUAACGACAACGAGGCGACGAGCUGAAGAGCUGAAGCAGCGUCGUCGCAAGGUCGAGGAGCAGGAGACAAAUUAAGGAUCAAGCUGACGGCCGCGAGGA